GAUUGCAGCCUUACGCGAACGACUACUGAGUUAAGAGUCUGAGAGAGCAUCGUUACAGGGAUUUUUCUUAGAAAAAAUGGAGUACGAGCCUCGUCUCGGUGUUCACGAAAUAAGCCGAAAUUUGAAAUUCGGCUUCUAACGGCUGUAAACAGCUAACUGUUCCGGCUGAAAAUUUCGGACAAUCUGUACCGAAAUUUUGAAAAAUACGGCGACGUUUUCUUCUUUGUCUGCUUAGCUGAGUUGCAGAGAUUCUCCUUCUAUGAGCCUGAAUUUUGUUAACUUUUUUUUUUCAUAAAGGCAAUGGUAACGGUGAGAUCUCGUAUAGAGUGGAUCGUCUCUUGCAUCGUGACCGUCCAUCCUCACGAGCUCUUCCCUCUCAUCCAUUCAUUCGCCUGCUUCUUCUUUAUCCUAACUGCAUACUUUGUGGUUCUUCCAUUGCGGGAUGAAGGUGCGAUAUCUCUAGGCCUAAGUAAUCUACCUGGGCUUUUUGCAGGAUCCUUGGUGCUCACACUUGUUGCUGCUCCCAUUUCAACUGUCAUCUUUUCAUUGCCUUACCUUUCUAAGGGAAAGGCGUUGCUUAUUAUACAUAGAUUUUUCAGUGGAUCCCUUGUUCUAUUCUUCAUUCUUUUAUAUGUUACUUCAUUUGGGUCUUCACCUUCAGUUUCCAAGGUUCUGGUUUCUCAAUCAAUUGCUACUGUGAAUUAUGAUGGCCCCAAUCAUUCUGCAAGCUCGGGUUCGCAUGGUUGGUUCUUUAUAUCAGUCAGAAUUUCCCUGUUCCUUUGGGUUGCACUUCUGAACCUUGUUACUAUCUCUUCCACUUGGGCACGAGUAAUAGAUGUUAUGGAUAAUGAGUCAGGUUCGAGACUGUUUGGCUUUGUUGGCGCUGGAGCUACACUUGGGCAGCUUUUUGGGUCGUUAUUUGCUAUCGGAAUGGCUAGACUGGGACCUUUUCUUCUCCUCUUUGCGGCACUGAUGAUGGAGCUUGCUGCUCAAUCUUCAAAAGGGAUUACUCGGGAUAUACUUCCCGAACCAAAAGAACUGUCUUUCAUUGGCCAGCCUGGUUUAGAUGAACAUGUUGAGGUCGACAAACAUUCAAAAGCUUAUUCUUCAGGAUCUUCACCUAGAUCAUCUGUUAUGAUGCCUCCGCUAUAUGUCAUAUUUGAUGGUUUACGACUGAUUGUGGGGUCAACCUACCUUAUCCAUAUUUCUGCAUUCCUAUGGCUCAGUGCUGUUGUCUCUUCUUUUUUCUAUUUACAGAAAGUUACCAUCAUUGCUACGACCGUUGCAAGUUCCCUUGAUAGAAGAAGAAUGUUUGCUCAGAUCAAUAGCUUCAUUGCAAUAUUCAUUCUCACAGGCCAACUUACUGUGACGGGUCAUAUUCUUACAGUUGCUGGGGUUACUGCAGCUAUCUGUGCCACUCCUCUAGUUGCUCUUUUUAAUACAAUGGCUAUUGCUCUAUGGCCAACAUGGAUAAUGGUGGCUAUAUCAGAGACUCUAAGGAAGGUAGUUACAUAUGUUGUCACCAGACCUGGAAGGGAGCUUUUAUUCACAGUUGUUUCACAGGAUGAAAAGUACAAGGCUAAGGUUUGCAUUGAUGUAAUUGUUCAAAGGCUAGGAGAUGCUACAGCUGCUGGAAUUUACAAGCUACUAGUAGAUGUCCUUCAUAAGAAAGCUUCCACAGUUGCUCUCUAUGCAGUGCCUGUGUGCUUAUUGUGGAUGGUCACUGCAUUUUAUUUGGGUCGUCGCCAAUCACACCUCUUUAAGUAUCAGUCUGUUCCCACUUCUUAAAUACCCACGCAAUACACUCACCAUGGUAUACUCAUACCAAUGUUGCCUUUCAGAUUUAAAGUCCAAAUUGGCUGUGAAAAUGAAGCUGUAAAACUGUUGUGGAAAUGAAAAUAACCAUUCUUUUGUAAUAGGGCGGCGACUGUAAACGUCCGCUGGAACUCAGAACAAGUUCUGGGAUAGGUUGUAAGAGAAACUGGGGCAUUGUUUUGAGGAUUUCAUGUCCUCGAAAUUCACGUCAAAACAUUGUCAGUACUGAUAAACUGCCGCCAUCUUAAAUGUUUUACUUCCAAUUUGGUGAAGAGGGAAUCGAACAUGGCCUUGUUUGCAGGGUGGUGGUAUUAUU